UCAGGAUGUCUCGAAAAAAGAAGUUUCAUUCGGACGAAGAACUGUUGCAAAUGCUAGAAAAUGAUGAAUUAUCUGAUAUAGAGUUGUUAUCUGAUGAGGAUGACGGUUGGGAACCAGAAAAACUUUAUGAAAGAGAUAUAAAUCUUGAUGACGAAGAAAAUGAUAGCGAAUGUUGAAAACAAGCCACCAGAUGGAUCUAGGUACGACUGUUAUGGCCAUUUUGCCGAGUUCGACGACAAAAAGGAAGCAAGGCGCUGCAAAAUGGAAGGAUGUACAAAAAAAGUUCAUACAUUUUGUACAAAAUGUAAUGUACAU